AAUUCAAAUUAAGUUCCGGGCUACAAUGACUUGCAUUAUUGUGACGUUGCAUGACUCCGCCUUUGCAUGUUUCAACUAGGUCCGCUGAGCAACUGUAAAGUCCACGCUGAGGCUCAGACUGGGAGGAGUUUGAUUUCAAAUUGUCAAAGCUUCAGUUCUCAUCAUGUCUGGAAGAGGCAAAGGCGGUAAGGGACUUGGAAAAGGAGGCGCCAAGCGUCAUCGCAAAGUUUUGCGUGAUAACAUCCAGGGAAUCACCAAACCAGCCAUCCGUCGUCUCGCUCGCCGUGGUGGAGUCAAGCGUAUCUCUGGUCUGAUCUACGAGGAGACUCGUGGUGUUCUUAAGGUGUUCCUGGAGAAUGUGAUUCGUGAUGCUGUUACAUACACCGAGCACGCCAAAAGAAAGACCGUGACCGCCAUGGAUGUUGUGUACGCGCUGAAGAGACAGGGUCGCACUCUGUACGGCUUCGGAGGUUGAAUUUCUUUGCUCCAUCUUAAACCAAAGGCUCUUUUAAGAGCCACACACUUUUUUAAAGAAAGGGCACAUUUUAAAGUAUCAAUUUAUAUUUUAAAGUUUAACAUCGGAAUUAUUUUUGGAAACAUUACUUGUUUAAUGCUUUCUAUUUUAUAAUUUUUACUGAAAGAUUCAAGAAACCUUUUGCUACCUGUUGAGAGCCGAUAACUAAUCCACUGACUUUCAUCCUCAAAAAACUUAACAUCGAGUUAACCAUUGACUCGUACAUUAGAUUCACGUUCAAACAUUUUUCUCCCCAAAAGCAAUUAAUUUUGUUCAGAUGAUAAACGUAAGAACCCAUUUUCUAAAAUAAUCAAGUUAGAAUUAUAUUUAGGUGGUCGCAAAGAUCUCCGCGUACAUUUUGUAUUGUAAUAAAUGUAGCAUCAGCAGGUUUUGUGACUUUUUUUUGCCAGAAAAAUAAAAAAAAUUCAACAAUAAUAAAUAUAGAAAAGAAAUUAUAAUGAUUUUUAGAUGUUAUAAUUUUUAUACAUUCUGAUGUUUUGUUAAUAAUCACUUUAAGUAUAAUUUAAUUAUAUAAUUAUUUUCACAGCUCUUUUUAAAAAAGAAUUAGAAAUAAAAUCAAUUGUAAAUAUUGCAUAGGCAUAACCUUUUUUCCUUUUUCUGAUAUAAUAUGUAAAUAUCCUAGUAAAAAUAUUAUAAAUAAAAUAAGAACAGAUCUUACGGUGUGAGCUGCCUUAAUAAAACAAAACAAACAAACAAAAAAAAACUAUAAAAUUACAUUUGAUAUAAUUUAUGAUGCGCUUACCAGAAACAUUUUGGUAUUAUUUGCUGACUUUAUUAUUCUCAUAAAUAAAAAAAAUUGUUUAAAGAUGCAAA